GAGGAGAACACUUCCAGCAGUGGGACAGAAUCCGUAACCAGUGGAGAGAUUCCACGGAGCAUGUCAGAGGGAACUUUGCUUGAUGUGGAUGACCGGACACCUGCAGCCAGCUACAAUGCCAAUGAAAAUAAAUUGGAUUUGGAUAUUGUAUGGCCUCAUGUAUUCAAACAUUCCCAUGCUGUUUCCAAGACAAAUCCAUUCUGGAAUGAACUGUCAGCCUCCAACCCUUUUGUACAUGACAUAGCAGCUUCAAAUAGAAAUGAAAAUAAUAAAUACCUUUCGAUCUUAAAAGAAAAACCCUAUUUGUUCUCUAAAAUUUCUAGCAACAGGGAUUCUUUGGCUUCCUCAGGCGAUGAGCUAGAUAUUGAUUGUCUUCUAAGAAAGACUUCAGCAAGAAGAUCGGGACGAUCCAAGAGUGUCUCUGACUUCCUGGAUAUUAUUGAUAAUAGAAGAUUUAAUCCUCACAAGACAAUACCUCAAAAAACUAUUGUUUCAGACAUGACAUGGCUUCAAAAUGACCGUGAAGCCUACAAGGUGGCUUGGUUGAGUCACCGACAACUCACCCGGUCUUGCCUAGAUUUAGAAGCCAUGAGCCAUAGUCCUGGAUGGGCACAAACACAAGCUACAGACAUACAUGUAGUUUGUAAACUGAAUCAUGAAGGGGGUUCAGUACAGCUACCUGACUCAGAUAUCAACAUUCAUGUCCCUGUGGGUCAUGUAUUACCUGGGGAGUUCCAAGAAGUUGGUUUAAAGGCUAUCCUUAACCCUCCAUCGUCAUUUAACAAUGAGCUGUCUAGCACUGUAAGUCCCCUGAUAGAACUCACGCUGAGCAACCUUAACACGAGGGAAGCCAUUUUCCUAGAGGUGAAAGUUGCAGCAAAAGUGAAGAACGAUCCACUCAGCCAAGUGAUGAGUGAUAUUGUGUGUUUUUUUAGUCUCAAUAAAGAAGGGCCUUUUAAGAAGCUGGAGAAUUCCUACACCUAUCAAGAUACAAUACAAGUGAAGCUAGUGGACCUAAGUCAUGUGAUGUAUGCAGUAAUUGCUGUACAAGCAAACAAAAUCCAGCCUCCCGCAACUAAUGUGUGGGACUAUAUCCAUAGAACUGUCUCAGUUGGAAUUUAUGGUCCCAAAUAUGUUCAUCCAUCUUUUACAGCAGUUUUUACAGUUUUUGGUCAUAACUACAUUCCAGAAAAACUCACAAUUUGUGAUAUAAAAAAGGGGGGUAAAAAUAUGCCUCCUGUUGUGUUUCAGCUGUGGGGAAAACAUACAUUUCUGCUUGAAAAACCACAAGAUUUAAACAUUUCUUUGGUAUCCUGUGAUCCAGAUUUUGAGGUGAAGAUGGAAGACCAAAGCAAAAAUAUUAAAGAGGAGGAGCUGAAAACUGGUGAAAUGGUCCACCAACACUUCCUGUUUUCCAUGCUUGGGUGUAGGGAGAUGCAUUUCUUUGUUUUCCUUGUUCAGAUUAAAGUCUUAAAAAGUAGCCAAGUAACGCAGUUCCAUGUUACAACUCCUGAUCCAGCUCCAAAGUUAAGUGGAAUUAUCAAUAGGCCAAAGCGCUUACAAAACCGCAAAGAAGUCAAGUCUGCACCAUUGCUUUUAAUACCAACUAUUAAAUAUCCAAAGUUUCAAGAUAAAACAUUGAGCGUUAAUACAUACGGAGUGGCUUUGAAAACUGUGUUACGUCAAAAUAAGAUUGAUUAUUUGCUAGAAUAUUUUAAAGGGGACACAAUAGCACUUCUUGGUGAAGAUAAAGUAAAAGCUGUUGGACAAACUAAAAUAAAAGAUUGGUAUGUAGGAGUUCUCAGAAGAAAAAUUGGUCUGGUACACUGCAAAAAUGUAAAAGUGAUUUCCAAAGAACAAGCUAUGGACACUGCUGAUAGUGAGCUAACAACCAAGAAUCUUGUUGAACAAAUUGCAUUGCCAUUCAAAAAACUGACUUACAUCUACUCAGUAGUUCUGUCUACAGUAUCAGAGAGUGUUUAUGACUGGAGAGCUUUGGCUGAGGUGCUAGGAUAUUCACAUAUGUCUUUGGAUGACUUCAGCGAGGCACAUGCUGAUAAAGAAUCAGAGAGAGUUGUGCAUGUUGUGAAGAGGAUGAAGGAAGACUGCCACGCUAACAAAAAAAAAAGACUGUUUCUUUAUGAGCUCAUUGUUGCACUUUUGAAAAUAGAUUGCCAGGGAUUAGUGGCACGACUUACCCAAGACACCAUCAUUUUGACUUCAGCUGUCAAGCUUGGCAAAUACUGGCGGGAGCUUGCGGAGAAGCUAGCCCGGCUCACAAAGCAGCAAAUCGAGGCUUAUGAAGUACCUCACCAAGGGAAAAAUGGCACAGUAGCUCUGGAGAUGAUGUGGAAACCUGCAUAUGACUUUCUCUACACAUGGGGUGCCCAUUAUGGAGACAGUUACAGGGAUGUCUUACAAGACCUGCAAUCAGCCUUGGAUAAAAUGAAAAACCCAGUAACAAAACAUUGGCGAGAGUUGACCGGAACGUUGAUUCUUGUGAACUGCAUGGAGGUGCUAAGGGCAAGUGCUUUUUCCAAAAUGGAGGAAGAAGAAUAG